AUGUCCGCCCCAGGCCCCGAGUCAAUCCCAACAUCGGCAGACCCGCGCUCCCGCCGGGCCACCAAGAAGCGCGUCCUGUCGCCCACGUCCUCCCAGGCCGCCUCGCUAACAGCCCUCUUCGCCAAGCCCGACCAAAACAUUCCCCUCCCGUCGUCCGCCGCGGUCAAGAGGGCCCCGCACAUCCCCGAGAUUUACACCAACGUCCAGGGGUCCUCGGCGGGCGCUGGAUCCGGCGAGUUCCACGUGUACAAGGCCUCGAGGCGCCGCGAAUACCAGCGUCUGAGGGAGAUGGACGAGACCCUGAAGCGGGAGAAGGACCAGGACGACUUUGAAAAGAGCCGCGCCGAGAGACUCCAACGAGAUGAAGAGAAAACCAGGAAGAACAGGGAGCGGAGGGAGAAGAUGAAGGCGCGGAAGGCGAACAAGGGAAAGAAGACGGGAGGCACCAGCGUUGGCGGUGGUGAGGGAGCCGAAGACGCUGCACAGGGCCCGAGUAGGCACGGAGGGGAUCCAGGCGUGCAGGAGGACAAGGGUGAACAAGAUAAAACGGCCGGGGGGACGGCGUCUUCAGCGCCUGUUGGUCUUGUCAUCCAUGAUGAUGACUGA